AUGGACGAGACAAUGCUUCACGGUCUCGAUGCGGAACUUCGAGCGAUCCGACUGGACGAUGGACCUAGACUUCAACCAUUAAGAUUAGAUAAGAUGUUUCUGAGAGCAAGGCAAUGGCAUGCUGCGAAUCCCAAAUCAUAUGCUUCGGAACCCAUAUACAGACCACCUAGUCCACCUAAGCUUCCUCCUAUAUAUCCACUACCACAACCUCUUCCAAUACAUCUUGUCUCAUCUUCUUCGUCGAUCCCACAAAAUGGUGAUAAACGGAAAGAGAGGGAAAAUGGGGUAUCACCUCUAAGUCAGCUAUUCGAAUACCCAGAAUUGAUCCCCUUGGUGUUGGAUAAUUUCGAUCAGCCUCGAGACCUAGCAAAUAUAUGUAGAGUGAACAAAGAAUGGUAUAGCAUAAUAAGGAAGAAGUUGUAUAACCACAUUUGGAUAAGACCUUGGGAAGAUGGUUGUCAUUUCAAGCUCGUAUUACUAUUCGAUACCUUGCAUAAACAUCCGGAGCUCUGUAAGCUUGUCAGAAAAUUAGACGUGCGAUUCUUCCCUCUGGCUGCUAGAGGAGAAGAAAGAUCAGAAUUGGUCGACCACGUACAAACAGCUAUUGGAGAGAUGGCAAAUCUCGAAUCUUUGGUCUGGACUCGGGAUCGAUCACUGAAUCCUUCCCUGCUCGAGCGAAUAGCAGAUUUAUCACAUAUUCGAUCACUGGAACUAUCAGGUCACUCAUAUAGGUAUUACGAUCCAGCCCUUAUAGGAACCAUGCCCGCUUUGGAUGAUCUACGAAUAAUGAUGCCUGAUCCCAACUUAAAGUCAAAACUCGUUGAUGUCAUCAAAUCUUUAUCUGAACGCAAGAUAGGUGGUUUAAAGGGAUUAGGAAUUAUAUGCCAGAGCUCAAGCUUGAUUGACGAUGCCAUACUCAAGACUAUCGCACCAAACCUGAGUAAGCUGAAACGAUUGACACUAUGGGGAUGUACAAGGAUCACCAAAGAUGGUGUAUUCGAAAUUCUCCAUGAAUCAUCAAAUCAUAUCGAGGAGCUGUCAUUGGAUGCAGUCUCGCACUCUGGAUUAAUAGACUUAUCACACGCACCAUCAUUACCGUCUCUUCAAGUUUUUUCAAUGACGAUGACAUUACCUCAUAGGGAUAUAACAAGGAAUUCGAUCGUAACAUCAGAAGAUCUACCUAUAUUACCACUUUCCCCUUCUUUGACUUCAUUACAUCUAACAUUAUCAGGUUCACAUCUAUUUCUACCUUUAACAUCGUAUCAAAAUUUUCAAUCUCAAAUCCCCCAUGACAGAAUCCAGAAGUUAUCGUUGAUCAACUUAGUAAUAGCGUCAGAUACAUUAACUUUUAUUCUAGAAUCAAAUCCGAAUUUGGAAGAAUUAUACAUAUCUGUGAAUGGUAGAUCUACAGUUUUAGAUUGUCAAGGAUUAUUCGAAUAUGGUAGAAACAAAUUAAAGAUUUUACACAUAAACGCACCCGACAAAUGGGGGCCUAAUUCAGAUGACUUGCAAAUUCUAGCUAGUAAGCUUGAAAAUCUGGAACAGAUAGGUUCCGGUAAUAGAGUAUAUGAAAUUCACAGACGAUUGGAGUUGGAUCAAGAAGAGGAUGAAUUAAAGGUUAAAACGGAAUUAUGUAGAUGGAGUAAAACUUGGAUUCCAGGUUAUUUUCAAGUUUGGAGAGCGUAA